CGGCCCCCGGCUCGCGAGGCUGCGCCCCCGACCCAGUCGGCGCCCACUCCUCGCCCUGCGGGCUCGCGGCAACUGGGCGGCCGGCCCGGCCCCUGCCCACCCCCAGCCCAGCCCGGCGCGCCGCACUGGGCAUGCUCCGUAGCCUGGGCAGGUUGGGGCUGCGAGGCGACAGCUCGGGCUCUGGAGCCGGGAGGCGAGAACGAGGAGGGAGGCUCGGGGGCAGGGGAGGAGGGAGCGGCUGGCCGCUGAGGGGCGGCGGGGCCCGGAGCGGGGGACGCGCAGGGCCCGGCGGUGGGCGGGCGGGUCGGCGCUGCCCCGUGGGCUCGCUGGGGAGCCACGGCGGAGACCCCCGCCCUCAACUGAGGAAAAGACGAUUUCUCUCUGAUACAGAAUCCUGAAAAUGUGACCUCCCUUAAAAAGAGGACAGUGCUGCUGUGAGUUUGACGAAGUGGACAUCACCUGCAGUCAGUCCAGAGCUGCCCGAGAGUCUCCACCAGCAAGAAGGCCUUCACCAGAUGCAGCUGCCUGACUUGGGACUUCUCCACCUCCAUAACUGUCUUGAAUAUAAUCAUGGCCAAACCUUAUGAAUUUAACUGGCAGAAGGAAGUUCCUUCCUUUUUGCAAGAAGGAGCAGUUUUUGACAGAUACGAAGAGGAAUCCUUUGUGUUUGAACCCAACUGCCUCUUCAAAGUGGAUGAGUUUGGCUUCUUUCUGACAUGGAAAAGUGAAGGCAAGGAAGGACAGGUGCUAGAAUGCUCCCUCAUCAACAGUAUUCGGUCGGGAGCCAUACCAAAGGAUCCCAAAAUCUUGGCUGCUCUUGAAGCUGUUGGAAAAUCAGAAAAUGAUCUGGAAGGGCGGAUAGUUUGUGUCUGCAGUGGCACAGAUCUAGUGAACAUUAGUUUUACCUACAUGGUGGCUGAAAAUCCAGAAGUAACUAAGCAAUGGGUAGAAGGCCUGAGAUCAAUCAUACACAACUUCAGGGCCAACAACGUCAGUCCAAUGACAUGCCUCAAGAAACACUGGAUGAAAUUGGCAUUUAUGACCAACACAAAUGGUAAAAUUCCAGUUAGGAGUAUUACUAGAACAUUUGCAUCGGGGAAAACAGAAAAGGUGAUCUUUCAAGCACUCAAGGAGUUAGGUCUUCCCAGUGGAAAGAAUGAUGAAAUUGAGCCCACGGCAUUUUCUUAUGAAAAGUUCUAUGAACUGACACAAAAGAUUUGUCCUCGGACAGAUAUAGAAGAUCUUUUCAAAAAAAUCAAUGGAGACAAAACUGAUUAUUUAACGGUAGACCAAUUAGUGAGCUUUCUAAAUGAACAUCAACGAGAUCCUCGAUUGAAUGAAAUUUUAUUUCCAUUUUAUGAUGCCAAAAGGGCAAUGCAGAUCAUUGAGAUGUAUGAACCUGAUGAAGAUUUGAAGAAAAAAGGUCUUAUAUCAAGUGAUGGGUUUUGCAGAUAUCUGAUGUCAGAUGAAAACGCCCCAGUCUUCCUAGAUCGUUUAGAACUUUACCAAGAAAUGGACCAUCCUCUGGCUCACUACUUCAUCAGUUCUUCCCAUAACACUUAUCUCACUGGCAGACAGUUCGGUGGGAAGUCUUCGGUAGAAAUGUACAGACAGGUUCUCCUGGCUGGUUGCAGAUGUGUUGAACUUGACUGCUGGGAUGGAAAAGGUGAAGACCAAGAACCAAUAAUAACUCAUGGAAAAGCAAUGUGUACAGAUAUCCUUUUUAAGGAUGUAAUUCAAGCCAUCAAGGAAACUGCAUUUGUCACAUCAGAAUAUCCUGUAAUUCUCUCCUUUGAAAAUCACUGCAGCAAAUAUCAACAGUACAAGAUGUCCAAAUAUUGCGAAGAUCUAUUUGGGGAUCUCCUGUUGAAACAAGCACUUGAAUCACAUCCACUUGAACCAGGCAGGCCUUUGCCAUCCCCCAAUGACCUCAAAAGAAAAAUACUCAUAAAAAACAAGCGGCUGAAACCUGAAGUUGAAAAAAAACAGCUGGAAGCUUUGAGAAGCAUGAUGGAAGCUGGAGAAUCUGCCUCCCCAGCAAACAUCUUAGAGGACGAUAAUGAAGAGGAGAUCGAAAGUGCUGACCAAGAGGAGGAAGCUCACCCCGAAUUCAAAUUUGGAAAUGAACUUUCUGCUGAUGACUUGGGUCACAAGGAAGCUGUUGCAAAUAGCGUCAAGAAGGCUUCAGAUGACCUUGAACAUGAAAACAACAAAAAGGGCCUGGUCACUGUAGAAGAUGAGCAGGCGUGGAUGGCAUCUUAUAAAUAUGUAGGUGCUACCACUAAUAUCCAUCCGUAUUUGUCCACAAUGAUCAACUACGCCCAGCCUGUAAAGUUUCAAGGUUUCCAUGUGGCAGAAGAACGCAAUAUUCAUUAUAACAUGUCUUCUUUUAAUGAAUCAGUCGGUCUUGGCUACUUGAAGACACAUGCAAUUGAAUUUGUCAAUUAUAACAAACGGCAAAUGAGUCGCAUUUACCCCAAGGGAGGCCGAGUCGAUUCCAGUAAUUACAUGCCUCAGAUUUUCUGGAACGCUGGCUGCCAGAUGGUUUCGCUGAACUAUCAAACCCCAGAUUUAGCGAUGCAAUUGAAUCAGGGAAAAUUUGAGUAUAAUGGAUCGUGCGGGUACCUUCUCAAACCAGAUUUCAUGAGGCGGCCUGAUCGAACAUUUGACCCCUUCUCUGAAACUCCUGUUGAUGGUGUUAUUGCAGCCACUUGCUCAGUGCAGGUUAUAUCAGGUCAAUUCUUAUCAGAUAAGAAAAUUGGCACUUACGUAGAGGUGGAUAUGUAUGGGUUGCCCACUGACACCAUACGUAAGGAAUUCCGAACUCGCAUGGUUAUGAAUAAUGGACUCAAUCCAGUUUACAAUGAAGAGUCAUUUGUAUUUCGGAAGGUGAUCCUGCCGGACCUGGCUGUCUUGAGAAUAGCUGUGUAUGAUGAUAACAACAAGCUGAUUGGCCAGAGGAUCCUCCCGCUUGAUGGCCUCCAAGCCGGAUAUCGACACAUUUCCCUUCGAAAUGAGGGAAAUAAACCGUUAUCACUGCCAACAAUUUUCUGCAAUAUUGUUCUUAAAACAUAUGUGCCUGAUGGAUUUGGAGAUAUCGUGGAUGCUUUAUCAGAUCCAAAGAAAUUUCUCUCAAUUACAGAAAAGAGAGCAGACCAAAUGAGAGCUAUGGGCAUUGAAACCAGUGACAUAGCCGACGUGCCCAGUGACACUUCCAAAAAUGACAAGAAAGGAAAGGCCAACACCGCCAAAGCAAAUGUGACCCCUCAGAGUAGCUCUGAGCUCAGACCAACCACCACGGCUGCCCUGGCCUCUGGUGUGGAAGCCAAGAAAGGUAUUGAACUUAUCCCUCAAGUAAGGAUAGAAGACUUAAAGCAGAUGAAGGCUUACUUGAAGCAUUUAAAGAAACAGCAGAAGGAGCUAAAUUCUUUAAAGAAGAAACAUGCAAAGGAACACAGUACCAUGCAGAAGUUACACUGCACGCAAGUUGACAAAAUUGUGGCACAGUAUGACAAAGAGAAGUCGACUCAUGAGAAAAUCCUAGAGAAGGCAAUGAAGAAGAAGGGGGGAAGUAAUUGUCUCGAAAUGAAAAAAGAAACAGAAAUCAAAAUUCAGACGCUGACAUCAGAUCACAAAUCUAAGGUCAAAGAGAUUGUAGCACAGCACACAAAGGAAUGGUCAGAAAUGAUCAAUACCCACAGUGCUGAGGAGCAAGAAAUCCGAGACCUGCACCUCAGCCAGCAGUGUGAGCUGCUGAAAAAGCUACUCAUCAAUGCCCACGAGCAGCAAACCCAGCAGCUGAAACUGUCCCAUGACAGGGAAAGCAAGGAAAUGCGAGCACACCAGGCUAAGAUUUCUAUGGAAAAUAGCAAAGCCAUCAGCCAAGAUAAAUCUAUCAAGAAUAAAGCAGAACGGGAAAGGCGAGUCAGGGAGUUAAACAGCAGCAACACUAAAAAGUUUCUGGAAGAAAGAAAGAGACUUGCCAUGAAGCAGUCCAAAGAAAUGGAUCAGUUGAAAAAAGUCCAGCUUGAACAUCUAGAAUUCCUAGAGAAACAGAAUGAGCAGCUUUUGAAAUCCUGUCAUGCAGUGUCCCAAACGCAAGGCGAAGGAGAUGCAGCAGAUGGUGAAAUUGGAAGCCGAGAUGGACCGCAGACCAGCAACAGUAGUAUGAAACUCCAAAAUGCAAACUGAAGCAGCAAACCCACAAAGCAUCAAAAGACUCACUCACAAACUUCUGAACACAAACUCCAUGGAUGAAAGCUGUUUAUUUUGUUUCCUUUAUGUGUAAACAAGAUGAUAUCUGAAACCAGAGAGACUUGGAAUGUCUGACUGACUUCUAUUUAACAGCUUGAGUAUUGCAUUUCCUUGGCCAAACAAAAAUAGCUACAAAUCCACAAAAAUUUACUAUUCCAGUAAGGCAGAGUUCAACCAUUGUUAAUACAACUUAAACAUGUUUGCUAUAAAAUACCAUCACAAGUAAAUGAGCUUGGUGUGAACAACUCUCCUUUGUGAUGCCUUAGGACAUGUUUGAACUGCAGCAAAAAACAAAAACAAAAAACAGUGCAUUAGCAAUUUCAUAGCAAGUGCAUGCACUAGGAAAAGACAACUCUGUCUACAAGUUUAUUAGCAGAAGUGGUGGUCUGCUAGACAAAUAAUUUUGCAAAAUUUUUCUACAUCUAAGUUACCUCAUCAGUAAGUGCCAUGUCUCUACCAUGCCAUCAGAGGCUAAUUUCCUGUAAAAGUUGUGGAAAUUGUUAGAACAAUAGAAAAACAGAGCAGUGUAUGUGUGCCAAAACUCAUCAUUACUCAAAGGAGAACUGUGUUAGGCACAUUUAAGAAAGUUUACAUCUGACAUUGCUUUAUAGGAAUUGUUUCUGCAGAUUCCGGAUAUUAUAAUUCACACCAUAAAGAUUGUGAAGUGGUUAUUGGCAAACGUUUGUAAAUGUGACCAUGUAUAAAGUAUUUAUACUCUUUAAUUCACACUGUUAGAGAGCAAAAUCAUCUAAGUAUUGCCACAUGACAAGAUUAGUAAACAGGAAUACUAGAACUAUGUUUGCAUGAUACACAAGCACCAAUAAAGACUAAUCCAUACACAGUUAACCUAAUGCCAAAUAAAUACUGGUUAAAUAAAUGUAUGGCACAGAAUACAAUUUGACUAUCAAGACUUUUAGCAUAAUGAAAAACCCUCUCUCUAUAUAUAUAUGUAUAUGAAUUAUGUGGGCAUUCUUGAUACUUCAAGUUCUAGUUUGAAAAAAAUACAUAACUAAUUUAAUUUUACACAAAAAUAUUUAUGCAGAUUUUCAGAAUUUCAUAUCAGGAAAUGACCUUUUUAUGUCUGUUAAAUAUCAAAACAAUUUGCUACAGUGUUAAUCUGCAUGGUCUUUAAGCCUGCUGUAGUUGAGUUGCAGACAGUGCAUGAAAAAGUAUUCCGCUGGGAAUUGAGCCAUGCCACCAAAGCCAAGAGGAGCGCAUGGAAACCCGGUAGUCUAGAACUAAUCAGAUUACUGAUUUUAGGGCACAGCACCAAAUGAAUUGUUGUAUAUGCUUGUAAAAAUUGAUUCUGUGUGUUCCUCUGAACAAAGCGGAGAAAAUGAUGAUACCAUCAAUAUUGAAAUUAAACUUCCAACUUCUCUAAUAAAAAAUUAAAACACGCAUAA